AUGAAUUAAAAAAAUAGUAUUUACGGGAGUAACGUGUAUAUGAAGGGCCUUGCCAUUUCAUCUAAGAUUCGAGGUCAAUAACAGAAUUAAGUAAUUGAAAGUGAGUUCAUUUAAAACAACCUCAUUAAAAACAAUCCUAACGAAUUUUGGUUUAAUAUAUUUUACAAGAGGAAAUAGGAUUGUACUCCAAUGAAGGGUAGGCUUCAAAAGAAAAGUCCUCACUUUCUUAUUGGAUUUUAAUGGAAAUAUUGUGAAUUGGAGAAUAGAGUUUUUUCAUACUACAAAUCAGAUAAUAAGUAAGAAUUGGAGGGAUCUCUAGACUUCGAUUUAUAAGAGUACUAAUUUAAAGAAAUCCAAAAUGAGAGAAAUUAAACAAUUUAGUUUACGUAUCAUAAUUGCUAUCUUUUAGGAUGACCCCUAAAGGCACUCAAAAAGAAUUUGUUUUUCAAUCUGACAAACCAGAAAAUACUCAUUUAUGGGCCUUGCAGAUAAAGAUACAAAUAAACGACUCAAUUGGAAAUUUAAAAUAAUUGUAAUUUUUAAUUCAAAUCCCCAAAUUUUGGAAGAACUCCUAGUUAAAAAAUACAAAAGUAUUAAGUGAUUGUUAAGAUGGAGAUAUCGCAUUAUUCAAAUCGAAAAACAGUAUGACAAAAGUGUUAAGAGCCGUCACUCUGUGUGAAUAUGAUCACAUCUGUUUGCUUUAUAGGGACAAUGGAUAAUUGUUUGUUUUUGAGGCAGUCUCAAAUGGAGUAGGCACAUUCCCAUGGAGUAAGUAAAAUAGUUUUAUCUUAAGGUGACCUAACCGAGAGGAGCUUUGUAAAUGAAUAUGAAAAGGUUUGUAUCAGAAAAUUAAACUAUUCCAAGAGGUAAACCCCAGAAGUGUAAAAUAAAUUAAGAGAGUUUAUUACAAACAAUUUGGGAAAGGAAUAUGGUCUUAAUCCUGGUAAACUCUUAUAGAAGGUUUCGUUAAUUGUUCCGCCAGCUCCUCAGGGACAGGAGAAACAAAGAACAUACUUUUGUUCAGAACUAGUUGCUAAAGCAUAUAAAGAAAUGGGAUUACUCGAAUAACAGAAAUCUUCAACUUAAUAUUUUCCAAGUGACUUUACUUCAGAGAAAAAAUUAUAGCUGCUAGAAGGAGCAACUUUGGAUCCUGAAAUGCUAGUUAUUUUUGAAAGCUGACCAUUUCUAUACAGCA